AAAGUAUCUGGUACUCCAGUUUGCAUGUGUGUUAUGCAGGAGUAGAGAGUUGGUGUUAGUGUGUGUACGUCAUCGGGUGAUGGUGGUGCGGCAACUUCAGCCGAAAGAAAGCGUGAGAGAGAGCUCUCUCUUGCUCUGCUUCCCUCGUUGGAUGUUUGUGUUUGCGAGAGUUAAGUGUCGAGUUCAAAAAGGAAACAAAAGGGAGAGAGAAGUUGAAAGGUCAAAAAUAGCUCGAGCUGAGACAGAAAUAAAUAGCGCAGCGCGGGUCAUGCUCCGGAGAUUUUAAAAUGACUAUGUCGGAGGAAAAGCAUUUGCAGAAGCUGCUUGCGCAAUUGGAGAAGGUGCCACGCCUCCAGCUGCAGCAGAAGUUCGUCGCCUACUUUAAAAGGGGCGGAAAGGGAAAUAACCAAAACAAUUGCAGCCUAGAAGAGUUUGCCGCUUAUUUCUUGGCUGCACUGCGCAAGACCACCAAGCCAUAUUUCUACAGUCGCAGUUCGGAGACUCCGGUGCAUUCCCUAACCCCCAUUCGUCAGGCCAAGCCACCGCCUGCCGAUGCACCCAAGAAUCUGGAGGAGCAGCCACACCAACUUAGCGACUCUCUUCUGAAUCGGAGCAGCUGCAGUGUGUCCUCCACUUCGACUACCACUCCGUCUCGUCAACAGCCGCAGGGUCGAAGAUCCACGCCCGCAAGUGGCGGUCAGUUUUGCAGUACGCCUAACAGGAGUGGCGGCGGUGGAGCCGGCGGAGGAGGGAACAGCUUCUGCCUGGGCGACUUUUUGUCCACGCCCAACCAAAGUCAUCAAAGAUCCAAGAAGAAGACAACGCCUCAACAACAGCAGCAUAAUCAACAUUCAGGAGCGAUUACAGGAACUGCCGCCGGAGCAACACCUCAAUCCAAACCGCGUCGACGGGUCUUACCCAUGACCAUCAGCAAGAAUGUCUCAGCCAACUCUUCGUUUGGCGACACUAGUUCCUUUAGCAAUGAUAACAACCUAUGGCGAAUCUCGCAGAACAGCGAAAUCUUUGAUAGAAGUCAAGGUGCGGCCCUGGAAAUGGAGGCCCGCAAAUCCCUGCUGCUUAACAAGCAGGAGAUUAAAAGCGAGGCGCCCGUGAAUGUCAGUCAGCAGGAGAGAACGCCGGAAGACGAGGUAAUCGCUGGGGAAUGCUUGAGCCUGGAGGAUGUGAGCGAUACCAACCAGUUGGUGCUACUCUCCGCAAUUUAUGGCCUUCUGAUGGAUCUGAAUCUAGUGCCUAAUGUCUUGAGCGAACUGAGCUUUGUGUUGCAGUUGCUUAACAUAAGAGAUCCUGGACAACACCCAGUGGAGUCGGAUGCUCCUUCUGCGCCUCUCGAGCGACUCGCCCAAUACAAAAGCUGUGUUUACUUCGCCUUGAAACUGCUGGAGAACCAGCAAAAGUUGCUUCUGCAGCUGGACAAGAGGACUUUGGUGGUGUUGCUUCAAAACGAGAGAUUGAGCCUUCUGCCUCCGGAAAUCGUCAAACAACUGGAGGUCUCCUGCCAACAGAAACAGGAGACGUCCACACCCUUCGCACACGAAAGUUCUUCUUUUUCGCAGCAAAAUGUCUACUACCACGUGGAGAAGGACUCGCGGGAGAACUUUCCGACACAAAACGAGUUUGGGGCCUUCAAGGCCCAGAGGGAUCUCUUCUACAAAGCCCUGAAGCAGUGGGAGCAGAGUCACCUGAAUCGAAUGUUCAACUUUGCCAGCGAACUAACGCCACGAAUUAAAGAAAUCUUUAAGGUAUCGGAGCACCCGGUGAAUAUGGCCCACUUUGCCAAGUUGUUUGUCAGCCAGCUGUUAAUCUCGGGCACAGAGACCGCUGAAUCUCCCGAAGAGCUGGGCCUCAAGCUGGAUCCCCUCAGGCACAACAAACUGGCCCAGCGCCUGGUGACCUCCAACUCGAGUGUAGAGGGUCAGUUUCCACGGUCGCAAGCCUUCUUUCGAGACUUUAUUGCCGGCUGUUCAUCGGUGGCUUUUCUUGUGCAUCUCAAACUGGCUCUCUUUGUCCAGCUGUUGCGCCACAACGAUUCCACCUUCGAUUUGCUCCAGCUGGCCGAGGAUGUGGGCACGGAGGAGCAGUCCGCCCAGCAGGGUCCGUGCAUUGUUCGCGUCCAGACCAUGGCCAACAUGCUGAUUUUGUCCAAGUUUCUGGGCUUUGUAACUGUUUUGCCUUUCAGUGGAACCACGCAGCACGGCAGUCCCUCAGCGCCGUAUGUUUGCCCCCAGCAGUUGCAGCUUCGCAGCCACUUUCACCCGAACUUCAAUCUCCGCGAGAUACUUGAGCGCUCCAUGCGGCAAGGAAAGCUGCUCAUCACAUUGCCGUGGCUGGUUCAAUAUCUGGUUAUGCUCGAUCUGGUUAGCUUGCACCUUCCAGACUCUUUGGCCACUUUGGAGCUGCUCUACGGAUUGUAUGCUGCCAUACACGUGGACAAACUGCAGUCCGGGGCUGUGUUCAUAACCAGAAGUUGCAUUGGCUGGUUGCUGGAUGCUCAGCCGCAGUUGGUGAACAACUACUACAAUUACCGGGCUCAUGAGGCUGAAAAUGGCACCACCUCAGCGAUUGUGGAGCUCUGCCUGAGCAGUCUUCGUUGCCCCGAGAAGUCAUUUGCUCCCCUGAUGGAUGAACUUCUGCCUGUUGCCUGUCCCUUUCUCCAAGAGUUCCGGGUGAGCAUCACGCCCUCUCGCCAGGCGAGGAGCGGUCGCUUCCGGUACAUAACCACUCGGUUGGAGCAGCUGCAGCAGAGUAGCAGUGCCACCGCCAAGGAGGCGCUGGCUCCCAGCGAACUAUCUCCCACGGAGCAGCAGCAGCGCAAGUUGGCCGACGCCUUCCUGCACUCGCAGAACGCCUCCACCAGAAGAUUAAUUGAGUUCGUGACGGAGCGCAGCUUUAAGUGUGUGGUCAAGGAUGCCCAGCAGGAGAUUCUGAUCCCAUCGAAGGCCUCGGCGGAUGCCGAGGUCAACGAAAUCAGCUCUAUGAAGCAGGAUGAGGUUUACCAGAAACUGCAGCAGAUUUUCCAGGCGGCCAAGGAGAAGGCCUGUCAGCGGUGGAAGGAGCAGGUGCCGCAGAUGUUGGACCGGCGCAUCGGUCAAUCCCUGGAGGCCCUUCUGCCCGCCAGCACCAACGCGGUUCUGCGUUCGACCUACGCCCAUUUGAUUCGCAUACAAGCUCAGUCCCAGUUGCAGCAGUGGCUCCAAUCCAGCGUGCUGCAGAGCACCUUCUACCACGGUGACUUACAGGAGCUGGCCACCAAGGUCUGCCACUCGAACAGGAACAAGGCGGAGGCGGCGACUGCCGCCGGUGGCUCCAGCGAGCUGCAGCUCAGUCCGGAUGUGGGCUUCAGCCUGUCGGAGCUGCUCUACCAGCUGCAGCAGUGGCUGCACUGCCUCAGCUUGCGUCCGGAAAACGUGGGCAGCAGGGAUGAGCUAACAGAGCUGCUCCGACGAUCCCAACGGGCGGUUCUGUUUCCCCAAAUGCCCACGGUUUUCUAUCACCUAAUUGGCUCGGGACUGGUGCAUCUUCUGCAAUUGCUCAUCAACCGAAAACCCAAUUUCCUCGACGAGGGUGUAGUCACCGCCUGCUGUUCUGUGUGGCACUCGCCGCAAUUUAUGGCCAGUGAAGCUGCGCCCGGAAUUUUCGAGGGUCUGCUCAGCAUCAGUUUCAUACAGGAAAUGGGCAACAAUCCCGAGAGCUUUUCUCUGCUGAAAAACCUACUGCAGGCCAUGUUGCAAUCGGGAGCAGUGCGGGCGGAUCAACUCAAUGAACUCUUUAUGCCGCUCUUUGCCGAAAAUUGGCCGCAGAAUGUGUGGAGCACUCUUUCCGACCUGCUGCAGCAACUCUCGCUUUCCGGAAUGGACACCAGCGGCCACGACGCCUCUGGAGGAGAUGACCACGAAGACGAGGCCAAGUCACACCUCUUCAUGGAGAUGCUGGCCGAUUUAUCGCGAGAUCUGGAUAGUUUUUAAGUUUCACCUGUUGGUUAUGUCAUUCACCAUUUAUGUUUCGAAUAAAGAAUUUAGUUUUUGUAA